CGUGUGAUGGGGAAGGGUGGAAGUUAGCGCUGUGGCUAGGAUCCUCAUUGGUCGGCUGGAACGUGGGCGCCGUGCCCUCGCGACGCUAACGCAGCGACGGAACGCAACGCCUUGGUCCGAUUCCCAAAAUGGCGCCGCGCAGGGAGCGAAGGUGUUGUCGUUAGUGGCCUCGCAGUGCUGCGGGGGGUUCGCGCGCUUGAUUUCUGCUGUCUGAAAAUCCAUUGUCUGAAAACGUAUCAAGCAGGAACGAUUGUACUUCAAUAAAUGAAGGAGAAUAAAGAAAAUUCCAGCCCUUCUGUAAAUUUGGCAAACCUGGACCACACAAAACCAUGUUGGUACUGGGAUAAAAAAGAUCUGGCACAUACACCAUCACAGUUAGAAGGACUUGAUCCAGCUACUGAGGCACGAUACCGCCGAGAAGGAGCCAGAUUCAUAUUUGAUGUAGGAACACGUCUAGGACUACACUAUGACACUUUGGCAACUGGAAUAAUUUAUUUUCAUCGGUUUUAUAUGUUUCAUUCUUUUAAACAGUUUCCAAGAUAUGUGACUGGAGCCUGCUGUCUCUUCCUGGCAGGAAAAGUUGAAGAAACUCCCAAAAAAUGUAAAGAUAUAAUCAAAACAGCCCGUAGCUUACUAAAUGAUGUGCAGUUUGGACAGUUUGGUGAUGAUCCAAAGGAGGAAGUCAUGGUCCUGGAGAGAAUCUUAUUACAGACAAUAAAGUUUGAUUUACAAGUGGAACAUCCGUAUCAGUUUCUUCUCAAGUAUGCCAAACAACUCAAAGGUGAUAAAAACAAAAUUCAAAAACUGGUUCAAAUGGCAUGGACUUUUGUUAAUGACAGUCUCUGCACUACAUUGUCUCUGCAGUGGGAACCGGAGAUCAUAGCUGUUGCAGUUAUGUAUCUGGCAGGCCGUUUGUGCAAGUUUGAAAUUCAAGAGUGGACAUCAAAGCCAAUGUAUAGAAGAUGGUGGGAGCAGUUUGUUCAAGAUGUACCUGUUGAUGUUCUAGAAGACAUCUGUCACCAGAUUCUGGAUCUGUACUCGCAAGGGAAACAGCAAAUGCCUCAUCAUACUCCACACCAGCUACAGCAGCCACCAUCCCUUCAAUCUACACCUCAGGUGCCUCCAGUCCUACAGUCGCAGCAAUCUCAAAGUUCAGAGCAGUCACAGACACAGCAGCAAAAAGAGUCCCAGCAGUCAGUGCAACAGCAGCAACAAACACAAUCUAAGAAACCCUCUCCUCAGUCAAGUCCUCCAAGGCUGGCUAAACGUCCAGCGGCUGUAUCUCCCAAAGAAGAAACUAAGACAUCAGAACCGCCACCAUCUAAAAUUCCUAAAAUUGAGACUUCACACCCACCAAUACCACCUGUGCACCCACCUCCAGAACGUAAGCUUCCUUUGACAACUGCAGUUUCAAUGGGAGAAGCAGAACAAAGUACUACAGUGGAUUCUGUAGACAUACCAAAAGUCCAGAUUCCUCCUCCAGCUCAUCCUGCACCAGUACAUCAGCCACCACCUUUGCCUCAUCGUCCACCACCACCACCACCUUCCAGCUACAUAACUGGGAUGUCCACUACAAAUUCUUACAUGUCAGGGGAAGGUUAUCAGAGUCUUCAGUCAAUGAUGAAAACUGAAGCUCCAACCUAUGGAGCUUUGCCACCAGCUUAUGGACCACCAACUCACUUGCCGUAUCAUCCUCACGUGUAUCCUCCUAACCCCCCUCCACCUGUUCCUCCUCCGCCUACAUCAUUCCCACCUCCUAAUAUUCCACCACCUACUCCUGGGUACCCUCCUCCACCUACGUAUAAUCCUAACUUCCCACCUCCAAGACUGCCUCCCACUCAUCCACCUCCAGGGCUGGGAAUGCCCCCAACCAGUUAUCCCCCACCUACAGUUCCCCCUGGUGGACAACCACCUGUACCACCUCCAAUACCACCACCAGUUAUGCCGCCAGUUGCAGGACUUGGACGUGCUACAUGGAUGAGAUAGCAUGAGAAAGGUGUACAGUAACUUUGAGGAAUAGUUUAACAGGCACAAAUUAAUAGAGCAGUAACCAUAUUGUGAAAAUAAAUAGGAAGGUAAUUUGUAUAAUCUAGAUUCUGGUAUAGUAUAUAAAGACAUGGAACAGUGAAAUGGAAUCUUAGUUGACCUACUUACAGUAGUAUUGUUGAUGACAAGAUAUAUAGGCUUUAAUAUAGACACAGCAGAGCUAAUUAAUCUAACUGUAUGAUUUAAACUAAGUUGUCUGGCUUAAAUUGUCUGAGUUAUUUCAGCACUGGAUUACUUUGUACUUAGUGAAUUUAACCAGCCAUAUUGGCUCACUUAUAUCAGUAAGAAGUUCUUCUAGAAAUCAGUGCCUACUUUUAUGUAUCAAAAUUAGUCAGAUAUCCUGAAGUUCCAUCUAGACUUAAAAAAAAGCAUUGUCAUUAAGUAACUCUGAGAUGCUUAAUGUUAAGCAUCAGAGCUACUUUAUUUAAUAUGUAUAUAUUUACAACCCCUAGCUGACAAAUAAUUUUGAGAUGUUUGUUUUGGAAUGUACUGGUAUCUUGAAAAAUUAAAUGUUUACACCUAUUUGCAAAUUCUUGUACAUAAAUAUAUAUUUUCUAAGUGUGAAAAUCUGAAUGUAACAGCAUACUGUGAUUUACACCUGGGUUAAAAAUAGGACUGCUUCAUUCACUUGUACCCAAAUAAAUAGGAGCUGAAUUUAAUGGAUUUUCCAAGUUAUUUCAAAAAAAAUUUCCCAUUAAUAGUCUAAAAACUACUGUUCAUGUUUAUGCUGAUAAAAGAAAUCUUAUGUAGGUGUCUUACAUUUUAUACUAACUCAUUGAAAGAAUUGUUCAGCAGUGUUCUAUCAAAAUUCAGAAACAUCACAGCUCACUUACGAAGAAUGUACUUUAUUUUAUUCAACUGAAAGUAUACACUAUCACAAUCAUACUUCAUUUUUACUAAAAUAUUUCAAAUGAAUGUUUUACACAUAUCAAAAAUCUGAUUACUAUUCCCUCUCCCCCCCCCCCCCAAAAAAGCCAAAGUGGUUCAAUAAAAGGUAUAAAUGCGUGCUACUGUCUAAAGAUUUUGCUAUGUACACAACAGCGGGUGCUAAUUUAUUCCAGUUUCUUUUGUAAAUCAUAUACAGGAGGAAUGUAAGAUCACAUUUAACAGAAAUCAAACUUCAAACUGAUUUCCCAAAGCAGCUCAAAUAGACUUUCCUCGCAUUAUGAAAAAUAUACAAUUUUAUCACUUUACAGUCAUGCACUUUGAAAAAGAUCAGUAGUACUUUUUCCCCCUUCCCUCCCCAGUUUCUAAAAAGAUAAAAGGUCACUUUAACACUGAUUGAUAGCUAAUAUUUGGAUAAAAGUGUGCCAUUCUCAAAGUUGGGUUCAGCCAUGAAUCACCUGAAGUUGGUUACACCAUAGCAUUUCAAAAUGUUUGUGUGAAAAUGCUUGUAAGUUACUCACUCAAACCUUAAGGGCAAGAUUCUGCUUCCUUAAAGUGAGCAAAACUCACUUGAAGUCAAUGAAAACUUUGUUUCAGGGCUGCCUAAUUUGCAGCUUUUAAAUAUACUGGGGACAGUAACCCCUUGUAUGUAAAUUUCAUAGCCAUCAUUUGGGGGAGGGUGUCCCUCCAACUUACUAUAGAAAGUUUUUUCAGGUAGAUUUCACAGUAGACCUAGAGCAUAAUAAAGAGUGGAUUUAAAUGUGCAUAUAAAACAUGUUUUUAGACAACUGAAAGUUUAGCACCCAAGUCAUUCUGUAGCGUCAUUGAGUGUCAUUUUCCCCAAGGAAGAUACUUUAGCUCAAAUGGAGCUAAAUACCAAGUAGCAAACUUUAAAAAAAUUACAGCACUAACUUUCAUGUACCUCUAUAAAAAUCUACAAUGCACAGCUUUUGCAUAUGGGACUUGUGCUACCAAGUAGAAUCAUACAAAUAUAAUUCUACCCUACUUGUAUAAAGGUAGUAGUUUAACUAAGACUGUCCUCUAAGCCAGCUCUCUAGGGUAUACAGGCCAUAGGUUUAGUGCUGUUUCCCUUUUAAUUUAAAAGUUUGAGAUCUGCAGAAGAAACCAGAAUAGGGGUGGCCCUGGAAGCCACAAUUAAGAAUAUAUUUGGAUGUGUUGGUCAGAGCUAAUGAAAGUAGUAAACCGGCUAGUUGUGUUGAGAGAGCUCAUUCACUGCUUGGUUGUUAGGCUAAUCAAUUUGGAGACCAGCAAGCAUAUUAUCAAUGCAAUUAAUGCUCUACAAGCUUUACUGGCAACACUUCUGCUGCGUUAGUUGAAAUUUGUUGAACUAAAUCAAUUCUGGACACUAGCAUAAUUACAAUGGCCUUUCAUAUGGAUGGACUAAGCAGCCAUAUAUACAUCUGCUAGCUCAGAGGGGAAACCUUUUAUUUGCUGCCCUACUCUGAAAGUGCUUUUGUCCCUGCUCUUUAUGUGAAGAAAAAUCGCAGAAGAUAAGUAAGAAAAGGAACUGCUGGAUAUAGUCUAUACUAACAGGCCAAAAAAGGGCAAAAUGAAAAGUGAGGAAGAGGAAAUUCAGAAUUCCCUAGAGAUCAACUCUUAAAAGGCAGACAGUGUGCCAUUUUCUAGAAUAUAGUCUGCCAGUCUACAUAGACUGCAUAAACCAAAUAAUGCAUUACAGUCAGAGUUACUCAAUAGUGGCUGAUACAGCUUAGCUAUGCUUUAGCUUGGAAGUUCACUGCUGUCUCAGGAGUUUCUAAAAAUUCACUGAACUCAGCUGCCAGGACCCAUUCUUACCUACAGUGAUUGAUGCAAUGUUUUGACACUGCUUAAUUUAAUUUUUGUGUAUAUUCCUUUUCUAUUUUUUUAGUGCUCAAUCCUGAAUAUUCCUUACUCAGACAAGUAGGCUUAUUAAAGACGGUGAGGACUAUUCACUUGUUAGAACCGGCAAGACUAACAGUAUUUAUAGGUGCUUCACGCUAGCCAAAGUAAGGAACUCAGCGAAUAAAUACAUUUGUUUUAUUAGCAAUAACCAACUAAUUCAACUUCACGGAGGUAGCUGUAACUGGUUUUCUAAA